AUGUACUUCCUGCGAAACGUUUCGGUACAUGUUUCGUUUAGUAUUAUAAUAAUCAAUAUGCAUUUCUAUGCUAUUUAUCUAUUUCUGUGUUUGAUUGGCAUUAGUGCACAGCAAGAACAAGAAGGUAAUACGCCAGAAUUUGCACCAGAGGAAAAAUAUUUGGACAUUUUCCCUCUCAGUCAGGAAAAUUUUACAGAAGUCGUUCUGAAAUGUAACGAUCCAUGGAUUAUUAUUUUCCACGAUGGUUCCAUGUCUAUGGCAUGGAAGAAAAUGGCCGUCGGUGCCAGGGGUGUUGUUUGGCUAGGGAUGAUUGACAAAGCAAAAAACCACGAACUUCUUGUUAGCAUGGGUUACAACCCGGCCAAAGAUGGGGAAGCACGAGUAUAUCCAUAUGGAGGAAUCCAGCAUAAGAAAAAGGGAUGGGUAUCUGCUAAAAAUCCUAAUGAUGCUAAGAUUGCUGCAAUUAAGUCUUUACCAGACCAUACAUUAAGAAUGAAGGGCAAGGAUAUUCAAGACUUCCUGGUGGAAUGUUUCUCCACAACACCUUCACGCUUCCCUGUCAUAAUAUUGACUGACACUCAAGAUACACCAUCCUUGUUCAAAGCACUGGCAGUGAGGUUCCAGAAAUAUUUUAACUUUGGAAGGUUUGUGGAUGCAACUGUCGAAGAUUUCAGAUCUCUGGGACUGAGUCUAGAAGAUGAUACAUUUGACUUUCCUGCCAUCUUGAUUCUUGUGCCAAAACAACCUGGGAUGAUUGAAGAAAUCUCCUUCAAUGCUGUAGAGUAUCGUGCCAAUGUUAUGGGGGUAAUGAACUACCCUAAUGUUCUCCAAUUCUUGUUUGCUGUAAACAACAAGUAUCGAUACUGGUUACCAGGUAGUGAUAUGUCUAAUGUCAGGGAAGUUUCUGAAAUGGAAGAUGUUAUUGAAAUUGAAAACAGGAGAUUUGAUAUCUUGUUUGAGGGAAAAAAAGCAAAAAUCACUCAAAAAGUAAACAAAAAAGAGGAAAAGGAGAACUUUUCUCAAGAACAACUUGAAAGAGCUCUAAAAAUGUUAAAGCAAGAACUCUAAUGAAUGUGAUCAAUGAUAAUUCUUACCUUCUUUCUAGAGACCAUAGCUUAUGCUUUCAAAUGAAAAGAAUUAAAAAAAACCCUCAAAAUAAUUAUAAAAAAGGAGGGGGAUAUGUGUUGCAGAUGAAAUUCAUAAACAGAUAAUAAUUGUCUCAUUGAAAUCAAUAUCCAGUUCAGAAAUUUGGAGAUGACAAAAUAUAUUCAAAGUUAAAUGUAUACUAUCCUUUGUUAACUGAUAGUCACUAUUUAAAUAUGCAUUUUCUGUAUAGUUGCAUUUACUUUUAAUUAAUAUUUCUGAUUAAGAUAUUUAAAUGAUUAUCUAAACUAGCCCAGUUCCAAUUUUCAGCUUAGUGAUAAUCUGUCUUUGAAUAUCAUUUUGAUCUGCCAGAGUGACAUCCCUUUGUUUUGUUGGAGCAAAGAAUGAUGAAUAUAUUAUUGCCUUAAGCUGUCCUGGUACUUUUACAGAGUACAAGACAGUAUGUCGAAUAAA